AAUCUCAGGACAGAUCAAUAUCAGAAAUGACAAUGGCACAAGUACCAGACAUGGAAUCCGAUCUAAUGGACAAUAACAGUGAAUAUGAGGGAGAUUUUUAUGGAGUUCUUUCCAAUGGAUACAAGAAAGGGGUUCACAAUUCCCACUGCAUCUCCUGUCACAGAAGGUCCUGUGUGUGCAGUUCUGGAAUACAUCUGGAGAUGGCCACAGAGGUGGAUUCUGGGUACUCUUUCAGGAAAACCGUGGUACUCGUGGUGGCUGUUGAACAACUGAAAAAAGGGUUAAUUUGCAACACGGGGUUCAAAGACACAGAUUUACUAAAUCUGAUAAAUGACAUUUUUGUGCAAGAAGAAAUUUCAUAUGAGAAGACAGAAUUCACUUCCGCUUCCUUCCCCAAUUACAAGUACAUUAAAGCAAGUGAAUGCAAUAUCAGAGAUUCUCAUAAUAAGUGCAUGGCUUUGCAGCAAUUCCCUGGGAACGCCAAACUUGUAGCUGUUUCGCUUCAGGGUUUAAACACCCAGAGAGAAGAGAAGAUUACCAUGUCUUUUUACGCUACUCAGAGUUUGAGCUCAGAGCAACAAGCAGUAACUCUGGGUCUAGCUGGGAAGAACCUCUACCUAUCAUGCACCCUUGUAGAAGGCGAAGCUCAGCUGCAUUUGGAAGAGGUCAAGGACAUUAAAGAAGUGAAAAAUGAGGACUUGUUAAGAUUUAUUUUUCAGAAGUCUGCUUUUGGGUCUAGAUUUACCUUUGAGUCUGCGUCUUGCCCUGGCUGGUAUAUCAGCACUUCUCAAGCUGAAAACGAAUUGGUCCAGAUGAAGCCUGAAGCUGAUCAAAGAUAUAUCAGAGAAUUCUUAGUCCUUUCCUAGAAUAUAUACUUAUAUAUUGCUAUAUAUGUGUAGCAUAAUCUGUUAUCCAACCCAAUAUCCUGCAUGUAUGUACUGAGUACAAGGCAGAAAUAACUAUAAGCGUCUGGUAUAGAAACAAUCUUUAUGCACACAUUGUGCUGUCAUAUUCCAGUCACAUGCAUAGUUCUAAAGAAUCAGUAUGUAAUGCAUUCUGGGAUUGAUUGCAAUGCAAUGUGGGCAUGGGUUGCAACCUUUUCACAUGCAAAACAAAAGAAAAAAUAUUUGUAACAUAAAUCAAUUAUAGCACAAUGUUCAUAUCAAAAUAUUGAAGCUCUAC